UGAUUAAUUAGUUAGGGCAGGGCUUUUUGUUCCCCGAUCACCGGCGGGCGGAGCAAUAAUGGGUGGGGCGGCGGAGAGAGAGGAACGAGUAUCGUUGGAACUGAGUGAAGAGAUUGUGCGGAGCAUGGAACCUGGAGCUGUUUUCAGAGACUAUAAUUGCAGGAUAAGCUCGAUAGACUUUAACAAAAACUCGAGUAAUAUGGUGACGGCUAGCGACGAUGACUCCAUUCGUCUCUACGAUGUUGCUACUGCUACAUGCCUGAAGACGGUAAACAGCAAAAAGUAUGGGGUUGAUCUGGUUUGCUUCACUUCGCAUCCAACCACUGUCAUCUACUCUUCCCGUAACGGCUGGGAUGACUCUCUGCGCCUUCUCUCUUUGCACGAUAACAAGUAUUUGCGAUACUUCAAAGGACAUCAUGACAGAGUUGUUUCGCUUAGCUUGUGUUCUGCUGGUGAAUCCUUCAUCUCCGGUUCUCUUGAUCGAACUGUUUUGCUUUGGGAUCAAAGGGUCGAGAAAUGCCAGGGUCUCUUACGAGUCCAAGGAAGGCCUGCUGCUGCUUAUGAUGAUCAAGGUUUAGUUUUUGCCAUUGCCUUUGGUGGCUACAUUAGAUUGUUUGAUUCCCGUAUGUACCAUAAGGGGCCUUUUGAGAUUUUUUCCGUUGGUGCUGAUCUUUCUGAGGCAAACGUUGUCAAAUUUAGUAAUGAUGGAAGGCUUAUGCUGCUUACUACCAUGGACGGUCAUAUUCAUGUCCUUGACUCUUUUCGUGGAACACUCGUACGCCCUUCACCUCUCCUAUCUUCUUCUCGUAUAAUCUAUCUGACUAUUACUUUUUCUACAUUGCAGCUAUCCACAUAUAGUGUGAAACCAGUGGCUGAAGAUUCUACAUUGGAUGCAACCUUCAGUCCUGACGGGAUCUAUGUUGUUUCAGGUUCAGGAGAUGGUAGUGCCCAUGCAUGGACUGUGAGGAGCGGAAAACAGGUUCAUAGUUGGAUGGGUGGUCAUGGAAAUGAAGCUCCUCCAGUAAUAAAAUGGGCUCCAGGAAGUCCCAUGUUUGUGACAGGCUCAUCCGAGCUUGCUUUCGUUAUCCCUGACUUAUCUAAAUUGUCUGCUUAUGCCAAUCGGAAAUAGGAGAAUGACACUUAGGACGACUUUCACAAGCUCUAGGCUCCCUCCUUCUGAGUUAUCGGUUAGCUACCAUGUCUGUAACUUAUUGCUUGGCUCUUUCUUGAAUUCUAUGGAACCCUUGUUAUAUAUUAAAGAGAUACCAUAUAGAUAGAAAAUCCCUAAGUAUUUUGUAAUUCUUGUUUGUGUGUUUAUAAUUCUUAGCUAGCAGAUAUUUGACAGAAACUUAA